GUCUAUCCUCGUAGUGUUACAGCUAAUCUAGGCGAUUUAAUUAAUUUAUCAUGUACAAGUACAAUAAUUGAUGCAACACCGACUUGGUAUUUCAAUGGAAUUCCUAUACAAUCUACAAUGUCUAAAAAUUCAAACCAUAUUUCCUUGUUCAUUGAUUCAAUGCAAUUAUCCAAUGUUGGUAUAUACCAGUGUAUUCUUGACAAUAAUGCUGCUGUAUGGUUAAAUGGAAUAAGUACCAUUGUACUACAUGAACAAACAGUAUUUACAAAAGAUCAAUUCAAUACUGCUUUAUCAAAAGUUCUAUUAUUUCCUUUGCAAUAUCCAACGAUUGAUUUAUUCAAAAUGAAUAUUGGUGAUCGUAAACAAUUGACUUGUAUAUCACCAUAUAAUUUAGAUUUAUACCAUCAGGUUGUCGACGAUGAUGCUGAUGAUAUUACACAAACUUUGCACAAUUUAUUACCUAUUGGAAAUAGUCGCAGUUUAUAUGAACGUUUAAAUAUUGCAUGUCUUUUAAAUUUGUUCCAUGUAAAAUGGUUCAAAGUUGACGGAUCAUAUCAUCAAUUAUUAUCAAUGUACAAGAAUACUAAUCACAAUGAUAAUGCUUCCAAACAUAAAUUAACAUGUUCUACAUUGUUGUAUGUAUUAGAUAUUAAUGUGACUCAACCAACUGAUUUUGGUGUAUACAGUUGUAAUUUAUAUUUUGGUGAACAGUUAAUUUAUAAACAUUAUUUCAAACUUAUGAAACCUGUGAUUUCAUCAGAUUCAUUGAGUAAUAAUGUAAAAUUGAAAAAAUUCACUAGUGCAUCCAUGGAGCCUUAUUAUGGAAGCUUUAAUAAUGAAAUGUAUAGUAUACGGCAUAAUGAUCAAGUGGCUAUUCCUUUAAAUCGUACUCGUCGUAGUCAAGAACACCGAAUCAAUGAAUGGUCUCCAUCUGCUGAACAUAUCGGCGGUACACUGCCUUUGUUGAAUUUAUCAUUCCCCAGAGAUUCAUAUGAACAUUUACAUAAACCCAAUGUAACAACUGUUGGUGACAAUUUGGCUGUAUUGAUUAGUUGGAAUUCAGUAAAUUGUGAUUUUUAUCGUAUUGUUCUCAAGUCACGUAGUCCUGAAUCGAAUGGGUUAUUUCAUCGAUCAACAAUUGAUGAAACGGUAGAAGAAUGUUGUAGUCGUGAGACAGUAUGUUGUUUAAAAAGCAAACAUUUCUAUUUAACUAAUCGUCAUCCAGGUGAAUUAAUACCAGGCAAUAGUUAUCAAUUUCGUAUAAAUGCUAUUAAAAAAAUUAAUCAUGAUGAUCGAUUAGUUGAUAAAAGUCCAUGGUCUGAUAUAGUUAGUUUUCAGCAUAUUUCUAAAGUUGCUCCAGUUAUUACAGAAACUGAACGAUUGUUGGAUGGUGGAAUAUUAACUCGUUGGACGUUAGCUACAUCGGCUGUCGGUUUCCCUAUUGAUCAUUUCCUUUUACUUUAUCGUCCUGAAGAAUGUUCAGCUAAUGGAAAAAUCACUUAUAAUGGAUUUAAAGCAGUUUUUGUUGAUGGAUCUAAUGCUACAGAACAUAAACUGCAAGCUUUAGAAUCAGGUAAAGGUUAUCAAAUUGUAGUUUACGGUGUGUAUACACCUCCUGGCCUCGAUCCACAAUCGACAAUUUUCACAGGUGGAUUGAAUGGACGAAAAAUUACACGAUUCAGUCAUGAAGUAUUUGUAAAGCCACGUUCAAUGUCAUUAUCAUCGACAAAUGACAAUUCCAUGAAACAAGAUUCUUCAACUCUACGAUCAAUAUCCAAAUCUCGUGAAUUAUAUAAUACUAAAACAAUGAUUGCAUUUAACUCGUCCGAAUCGAAUCGUUUGAUGUUUUUAAUUUUUGGUGCUUUAACUGGUAUCAUGCUGUUGAUUAUGAUUUGUUUAGUUGUAUUAUGUGUAUGCCGUCAAAGACAACGUGAUAAACAUUGUUUAAUUAUGAAUAAUAAUAAUAAUAAUUCUACUAUUCAUGGAUGUAAUAUGAUUUCGUGUAAUGCAUCGAAUAUGGAUAAAACUUCAAAGAAGACAAGUUACAAUGGAACAAGUGGAUUUCUAUUGGGUAAUUUAAAUGCUGCCAAUUUGAUGACAUCGUCUAUAAUCACCACUAAUCGACUGGUUGAUGCGCAUGCAGGACAACAACAAAAACAGUAUGAUGAUAGAACAACUCUAUCAUAUCGUCAUUCUCGAGUGCCGCCACCAAUGAGUCCACCACCUCCACCACCGUCACAUUUACCAGCCACAUCCACAUCAUCGUCGGCCUCACCAUUGAAUAAAUAUUUAACUAGAAAUGACAAUUUCGAAUUAAAAAGUUUAAUGUCCUCUGAUAAUAUUGAUAAUUCGUAUAAUAUUAAUAAUAAUCAUCCUCGUCAGCAUUAUUUCGAUCAAAUGUCUAAAUCUGCCUAUAUAACUUCAUCUCAUUUCUAUUCGAAUAAUUUACCAUCAUCACCAUCAGGUGUAUGUCAUUCAUCUUCAUCAAUGUUUCAUUCAAUGAUACAUUGUAAACAUCCCAAUAUCAUCAUGAAUACAUUAUUUCCUAAUGCUGGUCAUUUAAUAUUAGGCACAUCAACAUCAUCAUCAUCUAUAGGGCGGAAUGUUGGUACAGCAAUGGCAACAUCUGGUAAUCAAUCUAUUGAUGCAAUAGUAGCAUCUAUGCAUAAUAAUAAUAAUAAUAAUCAUUGCACCACUAAUCAAGAAAUGUCAAACUAUUUACUUCAGUCGACAAUAUUGAAUGGUUUGAUGAAACGUGAACCACCAAGUGGUGGUUCAAUGCAUGGUGGUACUGAUGAUGAAUUUGUUUUGCCUAUUGAUAAAAAUUUAAAGAAUACUAAUCCAUGUGAAUAUCCUCAUCCUACAGAGUUCUAUUCGUAUUCACGUCAAGAUUUAAUUGAAUCUCAAUGUUUACAUACAACAGUGAAUACUAUGAACAAUAGUAUUAAUAAUAAUAAUAAUAAUAAUAAUAAUACUAACAAUGUGAAUGUAGUUUCUAAUAGAGAAUGUAAUUUAUAUCCAAAUAUUGAUCGCUUGCCUAUAUCUUAUAUGAAUGAUUCAAGUGUUCAUCAGUUUAAUGAUCGCCACGAAGAACACUACCCCAUUGGACAGCAACAUAUAGAUGCUUAUUCUAAUCUACAUCAUUGUUAUCAUUGUCAUCCAUGUGAUGAUGCUGAUGAUGAUGAUGAGGUAUAUCCGUCGAAUUUAUUUGUCAAUGUAGACAAUGCUGUCAUUAAUGAAAGUCAUCAUCAUCAGCAACAACAACAACAACAACUACAACAGUCAUACUAUCCAUCGAAUAUGAUGUUUACAUCGACUAUACCAAACUAUGAUCCUGGUCUACUGACUCCACCAUCUCCAAAUAGUGUGAAUAUGAAUGACAUUUAUGGUGAUGAUAGUAAUAAUAAUAAUAAUAAUAAUAAUAAUAAUAAUAAUGGUGAUAUUCUCCAUAAUAAUACACCACAUUUAUACGAUAAUCAUCCAUUGCCUAAUGUAGUUCACACUAGACAUCGUCAUCAUCCUCGGUCAACUUCCAGUCGAUUGGUCAAUCCAAUGCCGAAACAUCAUCAUCAUCAUCAUCAACCACAACAGUUCAUUUCAUCCUCCUAUAUACUACACCCUGCAGUAAUGAAUGCUAGCUAUCAUAACAAUUCAGAAAAAAAAGACAUCAAAUACUUUGGUUUAAGUCAAUCAAUCAAUCAACAAUCAUCAUCAUAAUCAUUGUUCCAUGUGUUCCUUGUGUGCCAAAUUAAUUCACAACUCACAACUUCAAUGUUUCUUUUAUUCAAAUCAUUCAAUAACAACAACAACAACAAAAAACAAAAAUCAUAUCAAUCAUUAUUGAUGCUGAGAAUGUUUUAUUCUUCUACUCAGGUUUACUAAUUUUUAAUCAAACCUCAACUUGAUAAUAAUGAAGUGCUUUGCUUUUUUUCAAAUAAAAAAACAAAAUUCAACUAUUAUCAGGUAAUUCAACUGAUAAUUCUCUACACACAAACAAACAAACAAACUACUUGAAA